CAAUCACACGUGCGAAGAUACAUUUGAUAACCCGCACAGAAUUGGAUUCACCACCCAUUCUCCGAUUGAAAUUCGCUUUAAAUUUUCAAUCUCCGGCCACCGGAAUGACGAUUUCCGACGAUGAAGACGAGAUUUUGGCUCAAUUCCUGGAAACAGAGGUCCUCUCCGAGGUCUCCGACCAGGAGGAGGAGGAAGAUGUGAUAAUAAAGGAGCCCAACCCUAAGAGAAUGCAUAUGACUGAGGAUAAGGAAGAGAAUCACAAAAGCAAAGAAGAAGAUAAAGCAAGCUGCUCUUCGUCUUCUUCAACCGCCAUUGUCAGUAACAGCAUGGUUAUGGGAAUUGAGACUGGAAUUUUCAGCAAAAUCCCACCUGAGCUGUUUCGUCACAUCCUCAAGUUCCUAUCUUCUGAGGAUCUCAUUGCUUGUUCACUCGUCUGUAGAUUCCUGAACCAGGCAGCUUCUGAUGAAUCCUUGUGGCAACGAUUGUAUCGUAUGCGAUGGGGUGUUUUACCCCCUACCAGAAAGCUAAGGGAAUGUCCUUGGAAGAAACUUUACAUUCAGCGUGAUGAAGAGGACAUGGUGGAUCUUGGUAGAAAUUGCCCUGUUGAGUUCAAGGAGUACUAUGUCCAAAUGCAAGCUGCCAAAAGAAGCCAAGCACCUCUUCCUUCACAGGUGAAGGUGAAUGAUGAUGGGUUAAUUCUUGACAAGACAGUAGCUGAUCAAGUGUCCAUCUGGAAAAGAAGUAAGGGCCUGACUGAUAAGGUGGUAACCGAUCAUACUUGUUCCGGUGAAAAGUGUACUUACUACCAAGUUGGAGAUGUGUUUGUCUGUGAGAAAACUGGGCAGGUUCAUGUAUGUGAUGAGUUUUGCAGAGAAGCUGUUAUGGAUCCAUCUAAUAUGCUUUGGGUCUGUAGAAUAUCUGGUCAUUGCUUUGAUAAUGUAUUGUCACCACAAGAAGCAGAGUCAGAUUCAGAACAGCAACAGGAAGAUCCAACAGAUGAGCCAGAGCCAUUCAUGGGAUCCGGCCGCUUUGCGCGAGCUUAUUUGCUGGGAUAUAACUGUGCGGAUGAGAAAGAGCUAGAAGCUACUUGGAGGUUUCUGUGAACAGAUCAAGGUCUCCCAUCUUGGUGUGAUGUGUUUGGCAUGUCCAGAACAAAUGCCAUUUGUACUAUCUGUAUUUUGUAUCACAAGUGAAUCCCCAGCUGUGUAUGCCUGGAAUGACCUCAUAGAGUAGAUUUUAUUUCGUUUUCUUUUCCUGAAAUUAACUGUUAGAGCAGACCCGGGUAGUGUACUAACUGCUUAUCUAGUAUUGUUGUUGUUGUUAACAUAUUAGAGCCUAUUAUCAGUGCUG